AUGGCAUCUUCAUCUCAAUUCAAACAGCUCGAAAAACUGGGGAACGGUACGUAUGCUACAGUGUACAAAGGUCUGAACAAAACGACAGGCGUGUAUGUGGCACUCAAAGAGGUCAAACUCGACUCUGAGGAAGGUACACCUUCGACUGCAGUGCGUGAAAUCUCGCUGAUGAAAGAGCUGAAGCAUGAAAACAUCGUAAGACUAUACGAUGUGAUUCACACGGAAAACAAACUGACGUUGGUUUUCGAGUUUAUGGACAACGAUCUUAAAAAAUACAUGGACUCACGCAUAGUGGGCAACACGCCGUAUGGCUUCGAAAUGAGUCUUGUAAAAUACUUUGAGUGGCAAUUGCUACAAGGCGUGGCUUUCUGUCACGAAAACCGGAUUAUGCAUCGCGAUUUGAAACCACAGAACCUACUCAUCAACAACAAGGGCCAGCUAAAGCUCGGGGAUUUUGGAUUGGCAAGAGCAUUUGGAAUCCCGGUCAAUACAUUUUCUAGUGAGGUCGUAACGCUAUGGUAUCGUGCACCUGACGUGCUUAUGGGGUCUCGCACUUAUUCCACAUCGAUCGACAUCUGGUCUUGUGGGUGCAUUCUGGCGGAAAUGAUUACCGGCAGACCGCUUUUCCCUGGUACGAACGAUGAGGAGCAAUUGAAGUUGAUUUUCGAAACUAUGGGUACUCCUUCCGAGCGCACUUGGCCAGGAAUUUCCAACCUGCCCAAAUAUAACGCCCAGCAGCCCCAGCAUUUGCCCAAAGAUUUGGGCGCGCUCUUGCAAAGUCAAACGCGUGAAAAAAUGGAUUUGACUUUAAUUGAUCUGCUGUAUGGUCUGUUACAGUUGAAUCCCGACCGUAGACUCAGUGCUAAACAGGCAUUGAAUCACCCCUGGUUCGCGGAGUACUACCAAUAG